AUGCUGGAGCGUUUGUCCCGUCGCUCUCGCUCCCUGCUCUCCCUGACCUUGACCACUCUGGCUCUGGCCCUGUCCAUCCUGGCUCUCUGCACCUCCUACUGGUGUGAGGGCACCCACAAGGUGGUCAAGCCCCUCUGCCUGUCGCCCGUCAAAAUGAAGAACUGUGGUCAGAACAACAGCGAGCCUUACACCACAGAGAGUCCCACUCAGAACCCCUUCAACCGCACUCUGUCUCCAGCCAGGAGGGAGGAGCUGGCUAAGAUCCGUCAGAGGCAGAUGGCCAACGCAGUUCAGUACAUCUGGGAGACGGGAGAAGACAAGUUUGCUUUUAGAUACUUCCACACUGGUUUCUGGGAAAGUUGUGAGAAACACAACGAUGGGGAGAAAUGUCGAAGCUUUAUAGACUUAACACCUGGAGAAACACAAGGUGUGCUCUGGCUGUCAGUUAUCUCAGAGUUUACGUACAUCGGUCUGCUGGGGAUGGGCUUCUUACUGAUGUGGCUGGAAGUCUUGUGUUCCCACAAAGAGAUGCACUCGUUAAAAAUCAAUGCCUAUGCAGCUAUUUGUACUGUGUUAUCAGGCCUUCUUGGGAUGGUGGCUCAUAUGAUGUACACCACAGUGUUUCAGAUGACCGUCAUUGUGGGCCCCAAAGACUGGAGGCCUCAGUCCUGGGACUACGGCUGGUCAUUUGCUCUUGCCUGGGUGUCCUUCAGCUGCUGUAUGGGUGCUGCUGUGGUCACUCUCAACUCUUACACAAAGACCAUCAUCGAGCUGCGUCGCAGACAGAGGCUCCGUUUGGAGGAAGCGCGAGCCACCACUCAUGCUCCUUCCUAUGAUGAGGUCGUUCCAGGAGGCGGGCUCUACUCUGUCAGCGGCCUGCUGCAGUGUCCAGACGGCAUGAUCGACGUAGCGUGGGCCCCCAAUGGCAACGUGGUUGGGGUAGGAAAUGGGGACGUGCCGACGCUGGUUUUAGUAGGAGGCUGUGGACCGGAGGGGUGUGAAGACUGUGAGAGGGAGAUGGAUGAGAUGGACGAGGCCAUGGACCGAGUCGAUUCACCUUGUUAGGAGAUCCUUUCUACUCGUCAACUUAAAAGGGCUGAAAAUCUAAUUGCACAUACUUUUUCUUUUGACUUUUAGUAUAUACUGCAGCUUACAAAGUAUGCACUGUUGCAUGCAGUAUGCAUUCAACUGGGACAUACAUUGGCCAUAAAAUUGAACUUUGACCUUCCUGCUGAUAUAUGCUGUGCAGAGGAUUGUGGGGGAUAAUAGCCAUUACAGCAUGCUGGAUUGCAUACUGCAAAAUGUGACCAAAUGCAGCAGGACAGCCUGGUAUUUAUGGCAUACUGCAUUCGACAUACUACGUAUUGGGACUUUUUACUGUCAUACUAAAUAGUAUGGUAGUAUGGAUAUUGAAACACAACCAUAAUCACUGUGCUGGAGAAGGAUCAGUGUGAGCAAAUGGAUCCUGUUUAUCCACUCCACUUUCAGCAAAGUUGGAACAAAAUAAUAGGAAAUCAAACUGAAAAGACUACAAUGUAUGAGUAUGUCACACUGACAUGCAGGACUGCAUGUUUUCUGGGUAUUUCUCAGUGCCUCAUGGUAGGAAAGCAAAUGUGUGUUUCCAUAUGUAGACACAUAUAAAUGUUUAUAAUGUUUUAUUUGUUAUAUAUGAAGAUGCAAUGGAUCAGGAGAAGUUAUUUAUCUUUAUAUGAUCAUUUUACUGCAUAGACUGGGCGAGUGGAUGUUUCUGCUCUUUCCAAUACCUAUAAACACAUCAGCCUGUCCUUUAGAGUAAAUAUACAAUAUAUUCUUAUUUAUCUGAGUGGAACAUUUAAAAUGUUUCAUUUUUUUUAAGCUCUUUUAUGCUUGCAGUGGUGG